AUGGAUUCCCAAAAGACCGAGGUUCCUGUCACCGAACGACCUGUCGAUGAGUCGUCUCCGACAUCGUCUACCCGCGGACAAGAGCUGAACGAGAACAAGUCCUUGUUCGAGCGAGCCACUUCUUUGUUCGAGGAGUGGUACUACGUCUGGGAGGUCUUCGGUAUCCUGAUUUCAGGCCUCGCAAUCAUCGCCAUCUGCAUGGUUGUCUUCCGCUUUGACGGGAACCAAGUCCCAAAGUGGGAAGCCAAGGUCCCGUACAGAAAAGAAACCUUCAGACUGACGAUCAACUCUCUGCUUUCCAUGCUCUCGGUUCUAGGCUCUACAUGUGCCAUGAUCCCCGUAACGAAGAGCCUGGGUCAAUUGAAGUACCUGUGGUUCAUGGAACAGGAUCGCAAACUAGCCGACCUCGAGGUUUUCGAUUCUGCUUCCCGUGGAAAGUUCGGCAGCGCCAUGCUUAUUUGGAAACUCAGGUUCAAGCAUUUAGCAGUAUUGGGAGGACUGGCGUCACUGCUAGCUCUAGCAUAUGGCCCUUUCGUACAGAACCUCCUUACAUUCAGCAUACAGUAUAAGAAUGCAGGCCACGACGCCAUCCUCUCCUAUGCAUGGGCCUAUGCAGGCACAGGACAGUCAGUUGAAAUAACCGAAAGUUCUUUCAAGUAUAAGAUUGUUGAGGCAUUGGAAGACGCAUCCGUCGAUUGGGCCGUUCCUGCGCUCAGGUGCAAGACAGGCGACUGUUACUGGAAUCCUUAUUACACCAUCGCAGCCUGCAGCCGCUGCACAGAUAUCAGCCAUCUUCUUACACGCACCUGUACCCCGGUGGUCACCAGUCAAGACGGCCCCAAUGAGAUUGAAAGCGGAGGGUGCAAUGUGGCAUUGCCCAAUGGCCUUUCUCUCAACAGUACUGGCGCGACCAAUCCCCACAGAGUCGUCAUGCUGAUGAACACCACGAUGUCUCCCCUUGCUUCCAACUACUCAUCACCCUUAGCCUUGGUUCAAUCCAUCGCGGGGUAUCCCUCUGAGGGCUCCACACUAUCGGAGCCCUUCAUGAUCACAAACGACUCACCGCUUUCUGCUCAUGAAUGCGCGCUUAUCCCUUGCGUCCAGCGACAGAACCUCGUGAUCCACCGCGAGGGAGAUGAUAGCAGCGGAGAUUUAUUGCGGUCCAACAAUGGAGUCGUGCCGUCUAUCAACAUCACCGAGCAGUGGGACAAGUACUACACAGAUCCUUCGGGAGGCUGGGUUAGUAUCACUUUUGACGACCCCAGCGUCAACAAAAACAUCGGAGAUCAGCCAUAUGAUGGCACGCCCUACAUGGAUAUGGCUGCAUACAAUGCUUUGAAAAAAUACCUUGAGGAAACGCUCAGUGGGUACGUUUACACCGACCCUACUGACACAGAUCCGAAAUCCUACCUUCCCUCGGGGGGCACAGCUCGCACUAUCUAUUCCCAUACAGUCAACAGAACUUGGACACCCCCGUACUGUGAUGGCAGUGGAACAACGGCCAAGCAGACCGGGGUUGUAUGUGGUAUGAACAAGACGGCCGCAGGACUCACCAACGCCUUCAGGCUCCAGACAUGGCAGAUCGCCGAUUCCCCGAGUCGCCUCAACGGCACAACGAGGGCACCUCAGCAGAUGUGCAAGGCCCAAUGGCAAUACGUCUCUGCGCCCAUUGCCGUCUGGGCGCUCGGGCUGGUGUUGUUCAUCGGCGUCGUAAUCAAGACCCGCCGGGCGAACAUCAAGGCGUGGCGUACCAGUCCGCUUGCCACGCUGCUCCUGCGGCUGGACCCGGACAGCCGCGAGCAUCUAAAGGACUGGCAGAACAUGGGAGACGCGGAGUUGAAGGAUGCGGCGAAGGAACUGCGGCUCCGGCUCCAGAUGGACGAGAGCGGACCGCGCUUCGUGAGGAGAACCGGUGGACCGCCUAGCUGA